AUGUCCACCGGCUCCCUCAGCGAUGUGGACGACCUUCAAGAGGUGGAGAUGCUGGACUGCGACGGGCUGAAAAUGGACUCGAACAAGGAGUUUGUGACUUCCAACGAGAGCACCGAGGAGAGCUCCAACUGCGAGACCGGCUCUCCCCAGAAGGGCCGCGGCGGCCUGGGCAAGAGGAGGAAGGCUCCCACCAAGAAGAGCCCCUUGAGCGGGGUCAGCCAGGAAGGGAAGCAGGUCCAGCGCAAUGCGGCCAACGCGCGCGAGCGGGCCCGGAUGCGGGUGCUGAGCAAGGCCUUCUCUAGGCUCAAGACCACGCUGCCCUGGGUGCCCCCGGACACCAAGCUCUCCAAGCUGGACACGCUUAGGCUGGCGUCCAGCUACAUCGCCCACUUGAGGCAGAUCCUGGCCAACGACAAGUACGAGAACGGUUAUAUUCACCCGGUCAACCUGACGUGGCCCUUUAUGGUGGCCGGGAAACCCGAGAGUGACCUGAAAGAAGUGGUGACCGCAAGCCGCUUAUGUGGAACCACGGCGUCCUGACCUUGGAGGUGCGAGUCUGGGAAAGGCGCGCUCCCGGG